UUUCAAAACUUUCUGACGCUGUGUUUUCGUUAAUUUUUGUUGUUAUAAACUUUUGUGAUAUAUGUGAUAACCUUAAUAUAUCCAGAAUUAUGGAUGAAACAUACUCAGAGAGUGAUGUUUCGCUGUCACCUUCGCAAAUAUUGGAACGUUUGCAAGUCCUACGACAGUUGCAACUACUACAGCGCGGGAAGCUACAAAAACAACGGCUGGAGUAUAAAGAAACCUCUGAGACUUCAUCAAGUAUCACGGAAAUUGUUAGCCAUUUUAGUAACAGCACUAGCUAUAACACAUUUCGUAGUUUGUUACAGUCAUCGAAUGAUAUUUCGAAUGAGGGUACGCCGCGUCUCAACACCAGCGAUCUGUCGCGUAAGGUGCAUGAGCGAGACCUAAUAGAAGGUGUUACAGUGUUGAAUCUAUCUCAGGAGUCAGAGUUUAUAAUCAAUUCUCCCCUAUCAGGCAGAAGCAGGGCUUCCGCACCGUCUAGAAACCAUGAAGCGAUUCAGGAAGUUAAUGAAGUGCCUACUUCAGAAGUCUCUCAAAACAGUAGUAACAAGACAUCCGCCAAUUCCUCGGUAAACAAGAAUUCAUCCAUUAAAAAACAAAUAGCCCUUGAUGAAAUGCCAAUUCUCUCUCCUAAACAAGAUUUUGAAGCAUUGCUGUUAGAGAAACUUCAGACUGAAAAGAAUGUUCCUAAACCAAAGAGCCCACAACAUACCAACUCCAUGCCCAGUAAUAAAAGACCAUUUCUCAGACGAGGCGAAGGGAUUGCCCGUCUCGGACUUAGGAAGAAUGACUUUGUAAUUCAAAACACAAAUUCCUUACCAUGGAAGAGGAAAUCUUUUCAGAAUAAAACUGAAUCUCCUUUAAAAUUAGACUUACAAAAACUCAAGGAAAAAAAUAAUGAUAUUCAGAAAGAGACCCGUAAUGAUAUCCAAAGAUCUAACAAAACUGACAACCUAAUGAAAUCAAAUACGGACUUGACUGAACCCUCAUUGCUAGUUCCUGAUAUAAAGCAAGCCAAAUUAACUAGAAAAAAUCAACUCCAAUCCAGAUUAUCUGAUAACAAUGAUGAACAGCUUGAAAUCAGGAAUACCACAGAAAGACAACAGACAAUAGAACCCCCCAGCUCAUCUAGUAAUGAUAACCAACCCAUAAUUAAACCAAUACAAAAGAUAGACAUUUCAAGAAAUAAACACCCUCUUGUAACUAACAAAGGUAAAUCUUGGGCUGCUGUCCUCACUAAAGAACAAAAUGAUUUUCUUACUCAACUGAAGCAAAGUGACUACUACAAAAACUUUGCUUCACCUACAAAAAGUGAGAUUUCAGACAUAAGCUGUGAUGAAACAGGAGCAAGACUGAGGUUUGACAGAGAAACUGCAGAACAGAAUAUGUUUGAACUGCUAGAAAAUAAAGUCACUCAUGAAAGCUUCAAUUUGGAAAACUCAUUCUUCAACCGCUUUCUACGGAGUAACUUAGAAUGCUCUGGAGAAAGUACUCCACUAGUACUUCAAAGGUGUUUGUCACAAAAUCCCGAUUUGAGGCACAUUUUACCUGGAUACAAAUGUAAAACAAGAAAUGAGAACUCUCAUAGUGAUGUUGAAACAUGUUGUAGUAAUUAUACUGAUUGCUGCAGCGAUGCCUGCUCCUCAGUAUCAUGUUGUUCUUGCAAAACUGUGGAAGAAACCCAAGACUCUCCACAAAUACGUAACAAUAACAAAGAAAGACAAGAAAAGAAGACAAAGAGUAUGGACCCAAAAAGUAAAACAGUCAAAAUAAAAGAAAAAGAGGUUGAUAACAAAGAAUGCCAUGAUGACACAAUGACAGAAACUGAUGUUGUGAAAGCUAACAUGGCAGAAAUGAAUGCCAAGCUAAUAUCCACAAGUGAACUGUUAAAAGAUAGACUACGUGAAUUAGAAGAUGAAAUAGAAACAUUUAGAAAAGAAAAUGCUAGUUUGGCGAAAUUACGCGAAGAGGUUGAUCAAGACAGACAAAAGUUUUAUGAGGAAAAAGCAGCUUUUGAACAGAAGUUUAAUGAAGAAAAAGUCUUAUCUGAGUAUUAUCUAGCAGAAGAAAAAGAGAAACUAAAUAAACAGAAACAAAUGUACGAAAGAUAUGUGAGGGAAAUGAGAGGCAGGCUGAAUAAAAAAGACAAAGAUGAAGUUGUUAAUUUGAAGAAAGAAAUUAGUGACCUCAAAGAAGAAAUAAGAGUAAAAGACGCAAAGUCAACCUCCACGAUAGCCAGACUUCGAAACCAAAUCAAAAUUAUGGAAAAAGAAAGAAAGGAUCUACAGGAAGAGGUGGAAAAACUGAAAAAGCAAAAUAGACGAAUUCAACACAGCAAUGAAGUUACAAGAAGAUUGACAAACAUCAAAUAUCUCGAAGAGAUCAACAAAAAGUUAACGAAUAUGUCGAAUAAAGAAUCGCGCUCGGAAGUUAGCGUAGACCGCGACGUGAAAUAUAAAGCCUAUGAGAUUGAGAGACAAAGCAGACUUAGAAAAGUGGAACCAGUUGCAAAGGGCACCAUGAGACCUAGAGCUAAGAGUGUUCCUAAUUUUAAUGUGACAUCUAGGUAUGCUAAGUACUUUAGCCAAAGAGAUACUGUCAGCCAAACGGAAAGAGACAAACUUAUGAAUGUACAUAGGUUUGAUCAUUCUGAUGAAGAUAAUCUAGGACAGGACAGCGAAAUUCUUUCAGAUGAAUCUCUUGAUGAAGAUGAAGACAGAAAUGAUGAGGAAAAUAAUUUAGAAAAGAUUUACAUUGAAAGAUUUAGGGGUUCAUCACCCAAAAGCAAUAGGUCUAGUGGUUCAAGCUACAACUUCGAUCUUAAACUCAAUGAUAAACCAAUUGUUAAUGAUAAUGCAAAAGACUUCUUUAUCCAAAAGUCCAGCUCAGGAUCAUCAAGAAAUUCUAAAUCUCCAAGAAUAACAAUAUCACCUUGCUCCAACAAAAGUGAACCUAAUGUUAAUAGAUCCAGGUCUCCAAUUAUACGUCGAUCUAAGUCUCCAGUUUCUAUACUAAGCAACAGAUCCAAUGCAAAUAAGUCGCCUCCAUCACGAAACUCGGUAGAAUAUAUCUCAAAUCAUUCAGGAUCAAACAUUUCGCAAAACAGGUCUAAAUCACCUGUAUCUUCCUUCAACCAUUCAAAAUCAGUGACCGUCAUACACAAUGAACAGUACAGAGAUAAACUGAUGAAUCUCAGCCCAGAACCUUCUAUAAGUAAGACAAGUUUAACAAAAAGUAGUCUCAAUCCUACAGAAGUGAGGAAGCCAGAUGGUUCCAGAGAAUUAAGGUUCCCUAACGGCAAUGUUAAGUAUAUAUCAUCAGACGGCAAAUAUAGCAAGUUUGUGUACUACAAUGGAGAUGUGAAGGAGAACUUUUAUAGUGAGGGUAGAAUAAAGUACUUCUAUGCCGAGACUAAGACAUACCAUACCACUCACGCUGAUGGACUGGAAGUUCUGGAGUUUCCUGAUGGUCAAGUAGAAAAACGCUACAAGGACGGUUCGUCAGAGAUCCGGCUCCCGAACGGCAGUGUCCGGUACUUCGACCCGAAGAAUGAGCACGUACGUGAAGAGUGGCGGUUCCCGGACGGCGCGGCGUUGACCGUGGCCGCCAGUGGCGAGCAGCGCAUUGUGUUUGCCAAUGGACAAGUUGAGGUGCAUGCUAAGGAUCAUAAGCGCCGUGAAUUCCCCGAUGGCACAGUAAAGCUGGUGUACAACGACGGAACAUCGGAGACAAGGUACGCGUCAGGACGCGUGCGCAUCAAGGACAAACAUGGAAACCUCAUCAUGGACUCUGCACCUGGAUGAAGUUAGGUGAAUCUGAACCUUAUUGACCGUUGUAUAGUGUUGACAUUUUGCAAUGAAGUGCCUUGUGAUUUAUGCCACUGUUUAAUAUUGUUAAUGAACUGUGUAUUUUGAUAGUUUUUCCGAUUUUCACUUUUCUGCCUGUUUUAGUGUAUUUUAUCUCCUCUAUAUAGUACUAGAAAUCAAUACCUCACUUUUCUAUACUAACUUGUUCUUUUAACAUUUAAUGUUACUUCUAUUUCUUCUAUAGUUAAAUAGUGCAUGUGUCUUUAACGGUUGAAUUGUGAUAAAUAGCUGAUACUUGUUUGUAUAAAUGAUUACUUUAAUGAUCAGUGUUACAUGUUGUUUAUAGGGAAAUUUUAUUUAAGUUGUAAUGUUUGUAUGUAAUUUUUUUAAGGAAAAUUUCUAAUUUAAUAAAGAUUAUUGUGAUAUGAAGUA